AUGGCAACUUCAAUUUUCCUCUCACACCCUCUUUCUCCUUUCUCUCCUCUAUCAAAACACCACAAAAUACCAACUGCCAAACAAACCUCAACCAUAUCAUCAUAUCACUUCAACAAACACAUACUACCAAACAACCCCACCACCAAAACACCAUUUCCAUCAUUUCCCAAUUCUCUUUUUCCAUUUUCCUCAAAACCAAGAAAGCAAUUCAAUCCAAUAUCAGUAGGAAGAACACAAACAGAUGAAAAAGAUGAAAUCUUGGUUGGUGAAGAUUCAGCUGAAUUUGAGUUAUCCAAACAAAAGAUUUCAUCUUGGGUUUACUUUCUUGGAAUUCUUGGUGUUGUUCUUUAUGCUCUUAAUGUUAUUUGGAUUGACAAUUCAACUGGCUUUGGAAAAUCAUUCAUUGAUGCUGUUUCCACUAUUUCAGAUAGCCAUGAGAUUGUAAUGCUUUCCCUUACCUUCAUUUUCGCAAUAGUCCACAGUGGUCUUGCUAGUCUUAGAGACAAAGGUGAGGAACUCAUUGGGGAGCGUGCUUUUCGUGUAUUGUUUGCUGGGAUUUCUUUGCCAUUGGCAGUCAGCACAAUUGUGUAUUUCAUUAACCACCGAUACGAUGGAGUGCAGUUAUGGGAAUUAAAAAGCAUGGCUGGGAUUCAUGAACUAGUUUGGUUUUCUAACUUUAUUUCCUUCUUCUUCCUAUACCCGUCGACAUUCAAUUUACUGGAAGUAGCGGCUGUUGACAAGCCCAAGAUGCAUCUUUGGGAAACCGGGAUUAUGAGGAUUACCAGGCAUCCACAGAUGGUUGGGCAGGUGAUAUGGUGCUUAGCUCACACGCUAUGGAUCGGGAAUUCAGUUGCAAUGGCAGCGUCAGUAGGAUUAAUCGGACAUCAUCUGUUUGGUGCCUGGAACGGGGACCGAAGGUUAGCAAUACGAUAUGCUGAGGCUUUUGAAGCCAUGAAGAAGAGAACGAGUGUCAUUCCAUUUGCAGCUAUUCUUGAUGGACGCCAAAAGUUGCCUGAAGAUUAUUACAAGGAAUUUAUCAGAUUGCCAUAUGUAUCAAUAACAGCAUUGACAUUAGGUGCUUACUUCCUCCACCCCAUUAUGCAAGCUGCCAGUUAUCGGCUACACUGGUAGCCCUGCUGUGUCACAAAACUCUCUUCAAUACAAGAAAUCGCGAGUCCGAGUUGAAUAUUUUCCAAGGUAUAUAAAGUUACUGUUGUAGAAACUAUUAAACUCUCUAUGGUGAGGGAGUAGGAAACCAAAGAAAGAAGAGAAAAUAUAAAGGAUUCAGUUUACUGUGUUUGGAAGUGCAAGUUCUAAGUUUUGUUUCCAUUCAAA